UCGGGAGCGAAGAAGCGCCGCGGCUCCGGCCUUAACACGCCCCGCGAGAGCCCGGCCCCCUCCUGGAGCAGCCAACGCCGCCGCCUCCUCUUCCUCCCCCCCUCGCAGCCUCCCUCCGCCGGCCCGCCCGCAUCCCCGGCUCCCCAUGGCGCUGAAGCGGAUACAGAAGGAGCUAAGUGAUCUGCAGCGUGACCCACCUGCACACUGUUCAGCAGGACCUGUUGGAGAUGACUUGUUCCACUGGCAGGCAACUAUUAUGGGACCUCCUGACAGUGCAUAUCAAGGGGGUGUCUUUUUUCUCACUGUACAUUUUCCAACAGACUACCCAUUCAAACCACCAAAGAUUGCAUUCACAACAAAAAUAUAUCAUCCAAACAUAAAUAGUAAUGGGAGUAUUUGUCUUGAUAUCCUGAGGUCACAGUGGUCACCUGCUCUGACUGUAUCUAAAGUUCUCUUGUCCAUAUGCUCUUUACUUUGUGAUCCUAAUCCAGAUGACCCUUUAGUACCAGAUAUUGCACAAAUCUACAAGUCAGACAAGGAAAAAUAUAACAGACAUGCAAGAGAAUGGACACAGAAAUAUGCAAUGUAAACUUUGAAGACUUUUUCAUAUAUACCAGAGUACUGUAAAUUCUAGGGUUUUUUCAAAAUUAGAAGUAAGUGGAGCACAGUUUACUGUUUCAGUGUACCAUGAGGCCCUUUUUGAUUUUCACCCAUAUAAGUGUGUUUCUGGAACAAGGAAAUAACUACGAAAUUAACCUGAAGACUGUGAUGAGAGUAUUUAUCCUUUUUGUAUGCUUUGCAAAAGACAUUUAUUAUGUUUUUUAAAGAUACUUGGACAUCUGCAUCUCCAGCCUACAAGAUCCAUAAUGCAGUUGUAGAGCAACCAAAUUAUUUUUGCUGAAAAACUAGGUGUUACAUGAAAUAUUCUGUGUGUCUUUGAGAUGUUGGUCCUGUAAGUCUGUUUGAAUUUCAUUCGUUGUUAGUUCAUUGUAUAAUUUGUAUUUUUUUACUGUAUAGACUAUAUUUUAUUUACCAUGCAAGUCAACUCACUUUAGACUUUCUGCACAGUAUUGACAAAAUACAACUGCUAUUAAAUGAGAGAAGUUUUCCUUCCCAAAGGAAUAUUCUGUAAACUGAUAGACUUAAAACAAACUUUGCACUCUAAUUCUCAGUAUGCUAAUUACGGGAAAACACUUGGUUUUGAUUCUGUUGCAUACUUAAUUUUAUUGCAAUGUGAACUAAUUGCACUGCUCUGUAGAAAGAAAUGUAACUAAUUUUGUUCUAUUCACAGCUGACUUUUUUAUCCUACAUGGGCAAUAUAAUCUCUGACCUUUUAACAAAUUGACUUGAAGCUUUUCCAUAUAAAUAAAAUGUGUUUUUUACUACU